AUGAUAGCCGGCCUGUCCAAGGAUAAGGUACUUCCACUGAUUGGACGUUUGGUGAGAACGAAAACUGCGCGCCCUGAAGAUACGUCAUGCGACGGCACAUCCGCGGAAACCAGCACCGGCCAUUUAAAGAAAUGCCUAACAGCUUGGGAUCUGACGUCCUUAGGCGUCGGCUCAUGCGUAGGCACUGGGAUGUAUCUCGUGGCUGGAAUGGUCGCUCGAAACACUGCGGGACCGGGAGUGAUAUUUUCAUUCUGUUUUGCCGCCCUCGCCUCGUUACUUUCAGGCGUUUGCUAUGCGGAGUUCGGCGUGCGCGUACCGAACACGUCGGGCUCUGCGUAUAUGUACAGCUACGUGACAGUGGGUGAAUUUGUGGCGUUUGUUGUCGGCUGGAACAUGAUUCUGGAAUACCUGAUCGGCUCCGCGGCGGGAGCAUGUGCCAUCAGCGCGUGUUUGAACGCAAUGUUCGGUGGGGCCAUCCACGACUCGAUACGGAACUCCUUCGGCACUUUCGUAGGUCACACCCCGGAUUUCUUGGCAGGCCUGAUUACGUGUUUGAUGACCGGCUUGAUGGUUGCCGGCGUGAGAAAGAGCCUCGCUUUCAACAACUUCUUGAAUGUUGUCAACUUCGUUGUGUGGUGUUUUAUAAUGUUUGCCGCUCUCUUCUUCAUCGACUUCAGUAAUUGGAACACGGAAGGUGGAUUUUUACCUUAUGGCUGGUCUGGAGUACUCUCCGGAGCGGCGACCUGUUUCUAUGCCUUCAUCGGAUUCGAUAUAAUUGCAACCACUGGAGAAGAGGCGGAGAAUCCCACGAGGGACAUACCGAAGGCCAUAACGUGGAGCCUCAUUAUCGUACUCACAGCCUACAUCACGUCGAGCGUCGUGGUCACUUUGGUUGUGCCUUACUUCGAAGUAGAUCGUGGCGCCGGUCUUGUCGAGAUGUUUGCUCAACGAGGCUCGCCUGGCUGUCAGUAUAUUGUCGCGAUCGGAGCGUUAGCCGGUUUGGUUGUGUCCAUGUUUGGCUCCAUGUUCCCCAUGCCUCGCGUGGUAUACGCAAUGGCCAAGGACGGCCUUAUAUUCAGAGCACUUUCAAGAGUGUGGCCUAUUACGGAGACUCCUGCCAUGGCAACUGUUAUGCUCGGAGGCGCGACGGCUUUCGUCGCUACAAUUAUGGGACUUGACGUCCUCGUCGAAAUGAUGUCAAUCGGAACACUGAUGGCCUACACUCUGGUUUCGACAUGCGUGCUUCUGCUGCGCUAUCAACCGGGCAACAAGACUGUCGUGGACAUGCUUCCCGAAUCUGUCCGAUCGGCUUGCGCUACUCCCACUCGAGAAUAUCCGAAGCCCGUAGGCCAGCCGAUGAACGCUAAUCCUUUCAUUAACAACACGAUCGUCACCAUGAAACGCUCGAAUAGAGUCAUGAGUCCAGACAGUGACGAUGAAGACGGGUUCACCGGCAUGGGAAUGGGACACCGUUUCCCAGGAGUGGCAGCUCAAUGGAAGAACCGACAGGACCUGUACGGCUCAAUGCAGGAGGAGUCGCUCGAAGAGGAAGAAGAUCUCUUCCAACAGCCGUCCUACUGGGAUUUGAAGCGACGUCAAAUUGGUUAUAUGUUUCCAUUCCUGAUGCAGAAUCCCGGCCCGGCAACCGACUCGACCGGGACCUACGUCAUCCGUCUGACUGGAGCUCUCUACGGUUUCGCUCUACUCUUCGACCUCGUGGCCGUCCGAGGUCAGGACGCACUCGGCGAAGGAUCCGUAGUUUUGACACUGAUAAGCCUCGGCUGCCUCGUCGGCAUCGUAGUCACCGUCUUCCUGAUUGGGAAACAGCCCCAGGCCAAAUGCGACCUGAAAUUCAAGGCUCCGGCAGUCCCCAUAGUGCCGGCUAUUGCAAUCACUGUGAACAUAUAUCUCAUCCUGAAGCUUUCUCAUCUCACGUUAAUCCGAUUCAUUGUCUGGAUGACUCUCGGAAUGUUCAUGUACUUCGGAUACGGAAUCAAGGAAAGCAACCUCGAGCCCGGCUGUGAAGAGCGAAUCGAGCUCAAAGUGCCAACGCAAAUGGGUAGAGGAUUAGGCGACACAAACAAGGCGAAAACAGGAGCGUCCGCACCUCCACCGCAACCGCCUCGUCCGCCGAAGCCAAUAAUACCCGGAUCGCCGGUCAUGAAUCCUCUGACGAAUCCGUUCUUGAACAUGAAUACCAAUAUAACCACAAGUCUCACGGAAGCAGUGACUAGCGCGACUGGGAACGGCACAGUUGUCACGACUACAGUGCAAAGAGCUGCUCCGAUGGGGAAACCCGCUUGGGCGAAUUUCGAGUGA